CGUACGAUAAAACAGAGAUUCAAGAAAUCCGAGAAUAUCGAGAAGUUCGCAGAGGAGAGAAUCAUGGAUACGAAUAAAGUUUACGAUGUUACACAGAAACAAAAGGAGGUCGCCUUGUGGAGAGAUGCAAAACGACAACAAUUGCGCGAAUUGUACCUGAGGGAUUCGGGACACCCGACCAAGCAUCUUCUCUUUGACCAAGGGAUGUUUAGAUAUGGCGCAGCGAGAACAACGUUAUCUAAAUUCUACAUGCCUACUGCAGUAAAUUUUCUGAUAAAAACAGCAAUGGUAUUCGUUCCAAUCUUCAGUCUUUAUUACUUCUUCGAAACGACCAGAGGCGCACAGGAACUCAGAUAUCGCACUGGGCAAGUUAGUUAUGCAGAUAGACAUCCUAAAUUCGUUUAAACUUAUGUUAUUUUAGUAGAAAGUAAGCGUGACUAAUAUAUUAGAUUGUAUGGGGGAAAAGAAAUAAACUGCUGAAAUAUAUAA